AUGGAUCCAGAUGAUUUGGCCAAUCCUAAAGAAGUGUUGGAAGCAAUCGAUAGAAUGAAUACAUCCACAUUUGAUGGAAAUUUUGGCUAUCCCAGAGAAAAGAAAAUCGACAAUAUGAUUUUAAAUUUUGGCCCGAACCAUCCGGCAGCUCACGGCGUUCUGCGACUUAUUUUGAAAUUGGAAGGAGAGGUAGUUAUCAAAGCAGUUCCACACAUUGGACUUUUGCAUCGUGCAACAGAGAAAUUGAUUGAAUAUAAAACAUACACACAAGCUUUGCCGUAUUUUGAUAGAUUGGAUUAUGUUAGCAUGAUGUGUAAUGAACAGGCCUGGUCUUUAGCAGUUGAAAAAUUGUUGGGAAUUGACAUUCCGCCUAGAGCUAAAUGGAUUAGAAGUAUUUUUUGUUUUUUGGGGUUUGGGGUCUAA